UCAAGCUGCGCACAGGAGCCACGCCCCGCGGCCAGGCGGGAAAAGCGGGCGUCGCGGAUGGCGGCGCAGGGCGCAGGGCCGGGGCCAGGGUCGGCGGCGCCGCCCGGGCUGGAGGCGGCCCGGCAGAAGCUGGCGCUGCGGCGGAAGAAGGUGCUGAGCGCCGAGGAGAUGGAGCUUUACGAACUGGCGCAGGCGGCGGGCAGCGCCAUCGACCCCGAUGUGUUCAAGAUCCUGGUGGACCUACUGAAGCUGAACGUGGCCCCCCUCGCCGUCUUCCAGAUGCUCAAGUCCAUGUGUGCCGGGCAGAGGCUGGCGAACGAGCCCCAGGACCCUGCAGCCGUGUCUCUGCCCACGUCCAGCGAGCCUGAGACCCGAGAGGCCUCCUUUCUCUCUGCCAGGAACAGUAGCCCCCCUGGGAGGCCCUCCUUUUCCUCCGGCCUGCAGCCUGCGGCCUCUCCGGUUCUGCUCCACAGCCUGGCUGCCACACACUCGCCUCUCUCUCCAGGCCCCCCGGGUUCCCUCCGCCUCUCUUGCUGCCUGUUCUCUCCUUUUGCAGGUUGCGUUUAUUGGCUUAUCUUGGGGGGUUGGUGCUCUCCCUUGUUUCCAUGGAAACUGCCUGGGCCCAAGAGGCAGCUUUGAGCUGCAAGGGCAGGACCAGGCAGGACACCGCUGCCCUGCCGCUAAGCAACGGGGUUUAUUAGUGACACGGUGUGGCAGUCUCUAGACCCCACAGUCGGGCUGGCAUCCGGGGAUGGUACUAACACUCCAGGGUAGGCCAGCCAGUCGAGGGGUGGUGUGCUGUGCCGGAGAGCACAGCCCGAGGUGUGACAAACACCUUGGCCUCUUGGAAGCUGUCUCCUCUCUGGACAGGAAGUCUGGGGGCUGAAGCAGAGGCUCCCACCUUCCCCCAGUCUCCUGGGCAGCACCACAUGGAUGUCAUGUACUGGUCCCAUGGCCACACUCCAGCACUCAUCCCCUUUGCUCAUCUCACUCCUGAGUUGGGGGCGCUUUCCAGGUGUCACCAGGUGUGAUGAGGCUAGGGGCCCAGAGCCAGGGGCCUAUGAGAGCCCAGGGGUCUCUGAUCGCACCUCCUGCAUGCGCCUCCCCACAGUGCCCACCUCUCUGACAGUCUGAUCUCAGGCUCAAGGGAGGAUGGGGAGGGGCUGAGGGGCAAGCUGGAGUAGGAAUGCACAGACUGCAGGCUAAGAUGAACAAUUGAGGGACAAGUUUCCAGCAGGAGGGAGAAACUGGGAACAGAGGCCUUGUCACUCCAGGGGAUGCUGCUGCACACUCAGGGGCUCUGGGUGCCAGGCCCAGCUCUCACUGCAGAGGGUGUGGCAGGGAAGUGAGAUGGUCACACUCAGUCCAGUGAGAGGCCGUGAGGAAAAUCGUUAGCGAGGCCGGUGCGUUGGCUCACAACAGCACUUUGGAAAGUCAA